AUGAAUGAGCUCUGCAGGAAUUUUUUAUGGGGAAACUCUGAUCUGAAAUUUAAACCACCUCUUGUGAGCUGGGAUAAAGUCUGUACUGGUAAGAAAAAUGGAGGCCUUGGUAUUUUUUCCGCUUCUUUGUGGAAUACUGCUGCUGCAUUGAGAACAAUCUGGUAUAUUCAUACAAAUAAGGAAUCUUUGUGGAUAAAGUGGAUUCAUGGAAACUAUAUCAAAAACAGAGACAUUUGGUCUGUAAAUGUGAAGACUGGAGAUUCAUGGGUUUGGAAACAAGUGCUUAAAGUCAGAAACAAGGCUAUGAUUACUUGGGGGGGAGUUGAUAAUUUGAAGAAGAUUAUUAGCUCCUGCUACUAUAACUCAAAAGUUCAUCUAUCUGACCUUUAUUCUGUCCUAUCCCCAGCUACAGCAGAAAUUAGUUGGUUUAUGACAGUCUGGGAGAAAUUUAGACAUCCAAAACACUCUUUUAUUACAUGGCUUGCUGUUCAAGGAAAGCUCUUAACACAGGACAGAUUAAUCAAUAGGGGGAUCAUUCAAGUAAAUAAAUGUUAUUUGUGUGAAGGUGCUAAUAUGGAGAGCCACAGCCACCUGUUUUUUGAUUGCAGGUUCUCAAAUAGGAUAUGGAAUGCCAUCAUGGACUGGCUGAAUUUUAAAUGGAGAGCAUCUGAAUGGAGUGUUUUGCUGGAUUGGUAUAAUUCCAGGCUGAAAGGAAAGAGUAUCACUCAAAGAAUCAAAAGAAUGGCUCUCUCCACUGCUGUAUACACCAUUUGGAGGGAAAGAAAUGACAGAUUUUUCAAAGGACAGUCCAAGAGCAGUGAUAUGUUGAUUAAAAGCAUUAAAGUGGAUAUCUUAACUAUCCUUCUUAACUCCCAAAUCCCAGCUGAAGAAAAAGUUUGGCUCUCCUCACUAUAG